AUGCGGGAGCCAGCACCCGGCCGGCUGCGAGGUGGGGGCCAGCGUGUGCCCUCUCGGCCGCCCCACUGCUGCCGCCUGCCAGCCCUCACCUUCUGCGGCCUGCGCCUUCUGCCAGUUACGGAGAAGGAGGUGCAGCAGUGGUACAAGGGCUUUAUCAAGGACUGCCCCAGCGGGCAGCUCGAUGCUGCUGGCUUUCAGAAGAUCUAUAAGCAGUUCUUCCCCUUUGGCGACCCAACCAAAUUCGCCACUUUUGUUUUCAAUGUCUUCGACGAGAACAAAGAUGGGAGGAUCGAGUUUUCGGAGUUCAUCCAGGCACUGUCGGUCACCUCCCGGGGGACCCUGGACGAGAAGCUGAGGUGGGCGUUUAAGCUGUACGACUUGGACAACGACGGGUACAUCACGAGGAACGAGAUGCUGGACAUUGUGGAUGCGAUUUAUCAGAUGGUGGGAAACACAGUGGAGCUUCCCGAGGAGGAGAACACACCGGAGAAGAGGGUAGAUCGGAUUUUCGCCAUGAUGGACAAGAAUGCCGAUGGGAAGCUGACGCUGCAGGAAUUUCAGGAGGGCUCCAAGGCCGACCCCUCCAUCGUGCAAGCUCUCUCCCUCUACGACGGGCUCGUAUAGUCCCGGGGCCGAGCGGCG